AUGAUAGAAAGAACGAAGGGAAAUAGAGAUCAGAGCGAGCGUCGAGUCCUUGUAGGCGGCGUACCAGAGUAAAUUGGAAGGAGGAACGACAACCCUAAAUUAGCCUACAGGCGCAGAUUAAGCCCCCCGGUGUUAAUGAACCCGCCGAUGACGACACCGACGUCUAUAUCGGCACAUCGACCCAGAUUCAUUCACCGUUUGAACUUGACCUUCUCGUUUGUUGCUCCCGCACGUCACGUCGUUGCCAUAAAUAAGAUAUCAAAGGCAGCGACGUAACUGUAUGUUACAGAAAUAACGAACGAAAGAAAAGAAAAGUGUGACAAAUUGCAGUGGAUAAAAGAUGCCUGCUUCUUUUAAUUCCUUUGUGUAUUAGAUAAAGUGUAUCAAUGUGAAGAGUACAUCAUUUGAUGUUAAUUAGUGUUGAUCAAAGAUUUUCAGAGUCCAAAUUCUGUUUCCCCUGUUUGAAGGACCAUUUUUACCAUUAGAGUUGAUAUUAUUGAAUAUACUCUGAGAAUAAUUAUUAUUUUAAUAAUAAUAAUGUGUAAUGUUAUAGUAAUAUGAUAAUAAAUUUUUUAUCAAAAUUAUUGAAUUACAAAGUAACGUAAUAAUUAUUUUCAGAGUGAUUGUUAAAUAAAUGAUCGUUUCUUAUCCAAGAAUAGUAGUUUGAAAGGACAUUUCAGGAAAAAGAAACUGUGCCAAGAAUUCAUUAUUUUCACCGAAUUUAAAGACUUUUAAGAGAAACUUACGAUCAGUAAAAAUCUAACCGAGACUCUAUGAAUAUUACAUUAUCAAAAAUUUGCAGUGUAAUAAAUUCAUUUUCAUACCGUAUACGAUUUAUUUAAUAAUUUAAAACGUGACUGCAAAUCUUUAUUUUAUAUUUGUAAGAUAUUCUAAAAUACGAAACAGUGUAAUAUAAUCCAAAGUAUAGCUGAUAUAUUGUAAAUUAUAACUAAACGUUACAUUAUACUAACGCUUACAUUAUAUAAAUUUUUAUACAUUUAGGCAAAAUAUAAAGAUUCAAAAAUCUUAGGACACAAUUAAAAAUAAUAUAAUCCUAGGAUCAAAAUGGGAUAGAAAUAAAUUUAUUCUUAUCGAUUUUUCUGAGAACAUACAUAUAUACGAUUAUUAUAUUUUUAUUUUAUUUACAUACUUCCCCUAAAAUUGUAAAAUUUAAUACUUCUCUCAUAACAUAAUUACAUUUCUAUUUAACUUUCAUUUAACUUUAUUUAUAUUGUUUCACUUGGAUAUUUUCCAUAUCUUAAAUUGUAACAUAAUAGUGUAAUAAUAUAAUAUAAUACAAUAAUACAUGAAGUAAUAAUAAUGUAAUAUAGCAUGUAACAAUAUAGUAAUAACAUAAUAGUAUAUAUAUUUUUAUUUAAUAUUUAUAUUUUAUUUACAUAGUUUCAUUCGCAUUCACCUUGCACGUUCUUAAAAUUUUUAAUAUUCUGCUUGUUUUAAUAUUUCAAUGUUCACACCGAAUCUCCACAAAAUUUCAUUAAGCUAUCAACUAUUAUUCAGGGAGAAACAACUUGAGUAACUUCAAGAAGAAAAACACGUGGGACCAUGGAAUUUUUAAUCCAUUUAAAAAAAAAGAAGAAGAGGAUUCUUCUUUUAAUUGUACAUCACCUUCCAUUUAUUUGCUAAGUAAUAAACUAAUAUUAAAAAAUCACAGUGAAUUAGUUUUCUACCCUGUGAUGUUCGCGCAUUGUUCAACCUCUGUGUUUCUAUUCUUCUUUUUUAAACGUCUCUCAUUGGUUUGUGGUCAUCACAAAAAUAGAUCCAACACGACACCGUGUAAGGUUUUACGAGGCUUGUAAAGUCUAAUAAAAAAAAACCUGCGUUCACUCUGUUUCAGAUACAUUCGAGACACAAUGACGUUUAUGAGCAUAUUGCUAUCCCUAUUGUUCGUCGCUAUGACUAAAAGUCAACCUGUAUCCUACGCGUACGAUGAAAGAGAAUUGCCGUGGGAUCAUCCGUCUCUUCUGCUGCUCGUUGAGAACCGAAUUCCAGAUUUAGAGAAUGAAAUGUUCGACUCGGGUAACGAUCCUGGAUCAACGGUGGUUCGAACGAAACGGCUAGAAUCGAAACGGAUUGGAUCGCUCUCGAUCGUGAACUCCCUGGACGUCUUGCGGCAGAGAGUUCUCCUCGAGCUUGCACGGCGUAAAGCAUUGCAGGAUCAACGGCAAAUCGACGCGAAUCGACGUCUUCUGGAGAGCAUCGGGAAGAGAUCGUUUCCACUUUACAAUGUUGGCGACGCGUCGAAAGCUGUCGACUCGAGGGCAAAGAACGGGAUCGAAUACGUGAUGCAGCAGAAGGAGAAGAGUCACGAUCGGAACGUGGUGUCUGACAGAGUAGGGAACUGGCUACGAAACCAGGAUGAUUCCGCUUUUCGAGAGAGACAAGACGAUCCGAUGCGAAGGGUAAUUAUUCGUCUCCCUUCAUAGGUGGCAAAUCCGUUUUUCAAUUUUCCAUUGUCGCUUCUAAUGUGAAGAUCAAUGCUGCUGUUGAUUUUCUUUUUUUUUUAUUUUUAGUUUGUUGCUGUCGAUUUUCAUGUCAAUUGA